AUGAAGGCAGAGAGGGAAGCUCUCUCCAAAGCCAUAGCCGCUCCUCAACUUUUGCUGCUCUGGUGUCUCCUUGUUCUGUCCCAGUCAGGUAAGGAAAACUUUCCCCUGUUUUUGGGAAACACAUCUGUGCUGACUUAAAGCAAUGUGUAGUGUACACUUGCAAGGCAAGGCAAUGUGGGUGGGAGGUAUUUGGAAUGGAGUGGACAAGUAAACGGUUUCUGACUGAGAGAUUUGUUUGUCUGAUAGGUUGGACACGUACAUUUUGUGUUUUUCAUGUCCUACUUGCAAAAAUAUGUUAAAUUAUGCCUACUUUUGCUUGUAAAUGUGUUUAUGUAAAUGCAUAUAUUCAAUUAAAAAUAUGAUUUUCCAAGUAAUUCAACAGCAGCCAAUUAAGGCCCCUAUUAUGAAUCUACAUGUUUCUGAAUAUUCAUUAAUUCGAUUAUCAUUAAUGCAUUAGUACCAUAUAAGUUACAAAAAACUAUUACAUUAAACACAAUUUCCAUGUCAAACAAGCAAAUAAACAUUUCCUUAUUGUAUACUAGCUUACACUGAGUGUACAUAACAAUCCUUUGGUUUCCUUUGGUCUCUACUGACUUAGGUAAUUCUGCUUUAAGUUGUUUUGCAUGUUAUCUGUGGAACAAUCUUCAAAACGUUCUUAAAUUUGAUGUUUUGGUGACUCUAGGCCAAUUCAGAAAGCUGAUUGAUGACCUUGUUACUGAUGAAUGUGUUUGUUUUUUAUGACCGUUUUUCUUUCUUUCUUUCUGCUUGCAUUUUGUAUUUAUAUUUUGAUGUGUGUAUUUUCUGUAAUUCAUGUAAUUCAGGGUUCUUCUGUAAAAGAGACCUUGGUCUCAGUAUCAGUAUGACUCCCUGAUAAAAUAAAGGUUAAAUAAAUAAAAAUUAGGAACCCCUGCUCUUUCCAUGACAGAGACUGACUAGGUGAAUCCAGUUGAAAGCUAUGAACCCUUAACGAUGUCACUUGUGAAAUCCACUUCAAUCAGUGUAGAUAAAGGGGAGGAGACAGGUAAAAGAAGGAUUUUUAAGCCUUGAGACAAUUCAGACAUGGAUUGUGUAUGUCUGUCAAUUAAGGUGCCACCAACCUCCUGUGGUAUGCAGUUAGGUGCCAGGCACACAGGUUUGAGUGUGUCAAGAACUGCAACGCUGCUGGGUUUUUCACGCUCAACAGUUUCCCGUAUGUAUCAAGAAUGGUCCACCACCCAAAGGACAUCCAGCAAAUUUGACACAACUGUGGGAAGCAUUGGAGUCAACAUGGGCCAGCAUCCAUGUGGAACGCUUUUGACACCUUGUUGAGUCCAUGCCCCCCUGAUGGCAAAAGGGGGUGCAACACAAUAUUAGGAAGGUGUUCCUAAUUAUUUGUACACUCUGUGUAUAUUCAGAUAAAAACCUAUUUAAAACAUUCAAUCUGACUGCACAAUGCCACACAGUACAUCUCGUUAUAUUACUAAUCCUAAAUGACUAGAAAACCAUUUUGUGGUCAAGCUGAUGACACUCAUAAUACGACACAUAAUCUGUGGAUUUAAUAAGAGAUUGAUGAAGAUAUAUUAUUUGGCAGAAAGCAGUCACAAUGGGACCCAGAUAAAGUCCUGGAGUAAAAUGUACUUUCAAUGGACAUUCUCUGUUGAGAACUAUUUUUUGUCCAGGAUGGCUUAAUCUGGGUUUAGGAAACCAGCCCACAAGGUUUAGACUUUAGAGAGUUUAAGUGUUUGUAUUUGACCUCUGUAGAGCCCAUGUGGGCACUACACUACUCAGAUGUCUUCCGGAUGGUUUAGCAGGUUAGCCAAAGUCCUCCACCAGUAUGAAUGCUGAUGUCAUGGAGCCAAACUGCUCUGUGAGAAUGGCACAAUCAGAGGAUCCUCCAAGCAGAGAGGAUCAUGGUGAGAGGGCAGAUGUUGGUUGGUACGAGGUUGGCAAAGGACCUGAGCUCAGGGUAUUGAGGUGCGACCUAGAAACAUAAAAGGAAAGCUAUACGAAGAAUCUAUACUUUUGUAAAUAUAUACUUCUAACUGUACAUUAGGUGUGCAGACACAAACAUAGAAAGAGGUGCGGUUGUGUUGUCAUCAGCAGAAUCACUGGGGCCCCUGUCUCCGGGCUCAGCCAAUCGGGGAGCUUGUGUUGCUCUGAGGGCUCUUUUCAUGGACUGCCAGGGAGGAAAUUGGUCCAAACAAUUCCGCCUUUUGUCAGCUCAUCCCAGCCGUCCCAGAGAACUGCGAGCCAUUACCACGGCGGUGCAGUGCUGCCACGCAGGCUCGCUCCAGCACACUCUCCCCCAAUGGAGGAGGGGGCCCGGUGCCCACAGUCGAGUCAUCAGCAGCCUACCGCCCACAACAACAGCCAGCAGAACUAGCUAGUCAUUUGGCUCUCACUUUAUAAGCCCAAUCUGAACACAUACUGUAGGCUAUUUCCCUCACAGAGAAGAAACCUCUGGUCAAUGAACUCUGAAAGUAUUGCUACAAAAUCUGUUGGCCAUAAGUUAGACUGUUUGAAAUAUGCUGUUGAACUAGCUAAGGGGCUGAGAGGAGGAAGCUUAGCAUAUGCCUGGACAAUGACCUGUUUACAAUUAAUAAAAGCAUACCAAUUUAUCAACAAAGGUCUAGUCACGGCUGGUAUUGGUGUGGAGAUUGUGGACAGUCCAAUAUUCUUCAGAAUAUUAACAUUCACAGAGUAAUGGAAUAGGAAAGGCAGUACAUUUCCAUCAUGAAGUGGGCCAAGUCUCCUUGGGUACACAAUCUGGAUAAAGCUUGUUGUUGGAUAGUGUCACGACCUGGCUCUGGGACUCUGUUAUGUUGAGCCAGGGUGUGUUGUUUCUAUAUGUUUUGUGUGCUAGGUUGUUUAUCUAGUUCAUUUGUUUCUAUGUUGGCCGGUGUGGUUCUCAAUCAGAGGCAACGUGAAUCAGCUGUUGCUUGUUGUCUCUGAUUGGGAACCAUACUUAGGCAGCCUGUUUUCCACAGUGUGUUGUGGGAUCUUGUUCCGUGUAUGGUUUGUGUCUGUAAACCAAGGACUUCACGUAUCGUUUUGUUGUUUUGUUUGUGUGGUGGAAAAUAAUUAAAGUAUGUUCACUCAUCACGCUCCGCAUUGGUCCACUUCCUCCAACGAUCGAGACAGAAGAUCCCACCAAAACAGGACCAAGCAGCGUGUCCAGGAGCACACGCAGGAGGUGACGUUGGUGGAUGUCCUCCUCGGUUGGGGGCAGAUCACGGAGGAGGAGGCCGUCCGUUGCCGGAGGGCUAUGAAGGGGGAGACCCAGGCAGGAGAGGAGAAGCGGCGCCAACCGGGCCGUGGUCGGACAGGCGAGAGGCACCCCCAAUACAUUUUUAGGGGGGGGCACAUGGCAUGGACGACGGGGCUGCUGGAGGCAGAUAAGGGGCGAGUUCGUGGACGAGGAGAGAAGGCCACCGGGUUACGGGAGCCAUUGGUGAGAAGAGGGAAGGAAGAUGUAGAGGCACGGCGAGAGGUACUGAGGUUUAUUGCCAGUCCGGUCCGGCCCGUUCCUGAACCCCGUGUAAGGCCAGUGGUGUGUGUUCCCAGUACGGUCCGGCCUGUUCCUGUCCCUCGCACCAAGCCUACGGUGCGCGUCGCCAGCCCGGCCCGGCCUGUUCCUGCCCCUCGCACCAAGCCUACGGUGUGCGUCACCAGCCCGGCCCGGCCUGUUCCUUUCCCUCGCACCAAGCCUACGGUGCGCGUCGCCAGCCCGGCCCGGCCUGUUCCUGAUCCCCGUGUAAGGCCAGUGGUGUGUGUUCCCAGUACAGUCCGGCCUGUUCCUGUCCCUCGCACCAAGCCUACGGUGCGCGUCGCCAGCCCGGCCUGUUCCUGCCCCUCGCACCAAGCCUGCGGUGCGCGUCGCCAGCCCGGCCCGGCCUGUUCCUUUCCCUCGCACCAAGCCUACGGUGCGCGUCGCCAGCCCGGCCCGGCCUGUUCCUGCUCCCCGCACCAAGCCUACGGUGCGCGUCGCCAGCCCGGCCCGGCCUGUUCCUUUCCCUCGCACCAAGCCUACGGUGCGCGUCGCCAGCCCGGCCCGGCCUGUUCCUGCUCCCCGCACCAAGCCAAUGGUGCGCGUCGCCAGCCCGGCCCGGCCUGUUCCUGCCCCUCGCACCAAGCCUACGGUGCGCGUCGCCAGCCCGGCCCGGCCUGUUCCUGCUCCCCGCACCAAGCCAAUGGUGCGCGCAGCCAGCCCGACCCGGCCUGUUCCUGCUCCCCGCACGUGUAUGGUUUGUGUCUGUAAACCAAGGACUUCACGUAUCGUUUUGUUGUUUUGUUCGUGUGGUGGAAAAUAAUUAAAGUAUGUUCACUCAUCACGCUGCGCAUUGGUCCACUUCCUCCAAUGAUCGUGACAGAUAGUUUGCUACUAGGCCUAUUUAAAAGACACUUGUAGCAUCCUGAAGUGGCAUUGCAGGUAGGAUACACCUGUGCCCUAUUGUGGUUUAAUGUAUCAGUUUAUCUAUGUCUCACAUGCGUGUAAGUUCCAUUCGUAUAAACAGAGACGCUAAUCUGAUUAGAUAAAGAAUAGAAAUAUGAAUAGCAAUAUGCUAAAUAUAAUAUGUAUGGUGGUGCUUACACAUACUAUAACCUGAAUAAAUUGACUAGAUACAAUAAAGUGGAUCUUAUACAUCCAGUCUGUUCCAUCUCCUCUAUGACCAGGAAGUGUCGAGGGGGUCAACAUCACCAGCCCUGGCUCCCUGAUCCGAGGCACGUUGGGCGGGGAGGCACUCCUCUCCGUCCGCUACAGCAGCUCCAGCCCCGACGCGCCUGUCAUCAAGUGGCAGCUGAAGAGGGACGACAAGCCUGUCACCGUGGUCCAGUCCAUCGGCACCGAGAUCAUUGGGAACCUGAGGCCAGAGUACCGGGACCGCAUCCUGGUGUUUGAGAAUGGCACCCUCCUGCUCCACAACCUCAAGCUCUCUGACGAGGGCACCUACGAAGUGGAGAUCUCCAUUACGGAUGAUACAUUCACUGGAGAGGGGAGUAUCGACUUGACUGUGGAUGGUAGGUGGUUCAUAGUGUAAGUAAGCCUUGGAAAAGUAAGCCUUGUCCAUGCCUUAACGGACCAUAGGGUAGUAGCCUAUGUCCUUAUUCUGUAGCGUUAGGCAGUUUGAUGUAUAAGUACGCCCCCUGGACAGGACGCUAGUCUAUCGCAGGACCUUAUCUCUAAUCCUUCUCCUUAAUGCUGAGUGCCAAGCAGAGAGGCAUCGACUACCAUUUUUAGUCUUUGGUAUGACUCUACCAAUUUCAGGGUGGACACUAAGGUCACUAAGUUGGUUGGUGAAUAGUCUUCUAUGAAAUGACUUGCAUUAAAGAGGCGCUGCUUGCAGGGACUGCUGGCGUUGUCUGUGAUAAAACCUAAGGCUUUUUGCCCUUUUUGUUUAUAUUUCUCAUUUGUGUGACUGGGCUGAAUUGUAUGAAUGGGCUGAAUUUGUAUGAAUUGUCUGAAUUGUCAAGGAAAGUGCAGGGGACAAUAGUCCAAACAGUGUUGUUCCUGUAAAGUCAUUGUUACAUGGUCACCUGAGAAGGGUCACCUGAGAAGUUGUUUAUGUACACCCGAGUUCAUUAGCUCAUGUGUGACUCACAUAUAUAUAUAUAUAUAUUUAAACCAUCAUAUCAGCAUAACCUUUGACCCUGAAUGAACAAGAGAUCCUAAUCUUUUCAUUGGGGGUAUUUCAGAGACAUGUCUUGACAUGUCUGACUACUAUACUUCUUCUCCAUAGAGCCCAUAUCCAGGCCUUAUGUCCACAUGGAGGCCUCUUCAGUGCUGGAGCUCAGCGAGCGCUUUACCCUCAACUGCUCCCACGACAACGGAACCAAUGCCAAGUACAGCUGGCAGAAAGGCGGUAAACCGCUGACCAAUGAGACGCGCCUGCAACUGUCACCUGACCAGAAGCUCUUGACAAUCGUGCGGGUGCUGAUGGUGGAUGAUGACAUCUACGGCUGCGUGGUGGAGAACCCUAUUGGCAGCAUGAAGAGCCUGCCCAUUAAACUCACUAUCUACAGUAGGCUAUACAGUGGUACUAUAGGCUUGAACCAGUGGCAAUUUAAAGCCACAAUCUGCAAUAUGGUUUUCUAUCAAAUGCAUCCACACCACUUGCUUUGCUAUAAAGUUGAGGGAUCGGGCUGGAGAAAUUUAGCUAACUCCUGUAAUACUCUCGCGAUCUCUAACCCAUGAUAUAGGCUUCUUUAGUAAGUACUCACUAAAUAAAAUUUUAAUUAUUUUCAUUAUUUCAUCUCAGAGUGCUUUCUUAGGUGUACAAGUCAGUGGUUCAAGCCUAGGGCAUGAAACAAAUCCUUCCCUGAAAAGCAAGUUCUUGUACGUGAGGGAAAGGGUGAAAAAAAGGCAAAUUCAAGCUAUAGAUAGUUUCUGUAAAAUAAAAUAAAAACAAAGCCCUCACCCUAGAUGGGGAAAAAAACUAAUUGUAAUGUACCAUCAGCAAACAGAUAAUGAGUGGGAGGGAAGUCGAUCACUGGCUAUACAUACAGUACAUGACUACAUCACAGAGACAUGAGUGUGUAGGUGGGAGGACGGGGGAGAAAGUACACACUGUAAUUCUGCUUGAACAUACUGUUAAGUAGCUCUACUGUGCCAUUUGUUUUCCUAUGUGGUUACCACCCAAAUGGCACCCUAUUCCCUAUAAAGUGCACUACUUUUGACCAGAGCCUUAUGGGUCCUGGUCAAAAGUAGUGUACUGAAUAGGGAAAAGUGCCAUUUGGGACACAACCUGUGACACUACUAUCCUCCUGACCCUCCUAUGUUCCCCCCACAGGGAGGAGUUCCCUCUACAUCAUUCUCUCCACCGGGGGUAUUUUUCUCCUCAUCACCUUGGUUACGGUGUGCGCCUGCUGGGGGCCAUCCAAGAAGUAGGAACUGGCUUAUUGACGUUUGUCUCACUCUCUACAUGUUUCUGGGUGCUUCUCUGUCUGUACAUGGUCCUAUGGGUGGGGAAAACAGUGAGAAGAGCGGUAAAAGGCAGAAGCAUAUUGAUAGUCAAUUUCAUUAAGGCCCACAAGCCUCACAAGACUCAUCUGAAGGUCCCCGGUACCAGUUUAAAAAACUUAUGCGGGUAUAUAUGGAGAUAGUUUAGUGCCUAAAAUAAGGGGAUAAAUACAUGUAAGAUAUAGGACAGACACUUCAGAACAAACUUCUUUUUUAUUUUGUUUUGGACUAUCUGUUGUUCCAUGUAGUGAAUCUGUUAUUCAAUGAGUUUCUAUUGGCUAAUAGCAGUAAUGCCCCCCCUCCUCACGUAUAUUGUACGUUUAUUGUGCAGAGAACGGCAGAAACGCCAAAUGAAGCCCAGAGGUUUGGCAGUGCUGCCAAAGCAUUUAAUAGAACACCCUGAUUAUUCCCAAAUCAGUCAUGCAGGUAAGAAACCUAAUAAUAACUAUUUAUUUUUAAUAAUUUUGAAAUGGUGUUCAUCCAAUGUAUUUUUCAUCCUGUUCAGUUAGAGUUUUACCAAAAAUUAUGACUGAACAUGAACGCAAGAAUCCAGUGGCACUCUACAUCCUCAAAAAGGUACCUCUCUAAAUAACUAAAAAGAUAUAAAGCUGUUACCAUCAGUAUCUGACUCAAAACAUAACUAAAUAUACCCUUGUCUGAAUAAAUGUACAUUUUAUAAAUCGAUAAAAUGCCCAUAGAUACUGUGGGGGUUUAUAGGUGUAUAUUUCUCAACCCUCAUUCAGCUGUUAGGAUGACUACAAUAUCUCAAUUUAGAAAAUAAUACAGCCAAUACACCUUAGGUAUUGUUUGGACCUGUUCAGAGAGCAUUGUGUGUGUAUGUGUGAGUAUUGACUGGGUUCCCUCUUUGUAGGAUUCCCCUCAGGAAGACCAUGACUCACCCGGCAACAUAGGCCUGGGCCCCCACUCUGAACCACCCAGAAGCCCCCCCAGCUACAGCAGCUCCCUGCCCCCCUUCACACGCUCCCCUGACCCCCCUGCCCGCUCUUCUCGCAGGUACCCCCGCACCCCAGUCAGCUCCCCCCCUUCACAUCACAAUAACAAGGUGCAGAACAAAUCCUACACCCCGUCCCCCCCCCACACUCGAAGCUCCAGGCGCAUGUUCCGCGCCCCAGUGGGCAUACUGCCUGCCCCUCAGUUGGAAGAGCCCGCCCCCACACUGGAGAGCAACAGCACCACUCAGCCCUGA